AUGGAAAUGGAGAGUGUGGACUUGGUAGUCGUGGGCGCAGGCUGGAACGGCCUGGCGGCGAUCAAGACAUAUCGCGAGGUUAAUCCCGACAGCAAUGUUUUGUUGUUGGAGGCCGCCAGCUCGGUCGGUGGAGUGUGGGCUUCGCAUCGACUGUACAGUGGCCUAAAGUCUAAUAACAUGCUUGGCACGUAUGAGUUCAGCGACUUCCCUAUGGACGAAGCUACUUUUGGCGUGAAGCCCGGUCAACAUAUUCCGGGUGAGGUGGUGCAGCGGUAUCUCGUCGCAUAUGCUGAGCACUUCAAGUUCCUGGAUCUUAUUCGGUUAAAUCACGCUGUUGAAAGUGCUGAGCGGAAUCUUGAUGGAUCCUGGAAACUGAACGUGUCGCAUGAGGGAAAAUCUCUGACUGUCAAAACGAAGAAAUUGAUCGUCGCGACUGGAAUUACGUCGCAGGCGUAUCUGCCUACUUUCAAGGGCCAGGAUGAUUUUGCUGCGCCAUUAUUCCACUGUCGGGAUAUGUUACAAUAUGAGAGGGAGAUCUUCAAAUCAGAAAAACAAGUGACGGUCUUCGGUGGCACCAAAUCUGCCUGGGAUGCGGUCUAUGCGUGUGCCACAGCUGGCAUGAAAGUAGACUGGAUCAUUCGAGAGUCCGGCCACGGUCCAUGCUGGAUGGCCCCUCCAUAUGUGACCCCGUUGAAGAAGUGGUUAGAGAAGCUAGUGACAACCCGGUUCUUGACCUGGUUCAGUCCCUGCAUCUGGGGUGAAGCCGAUGGAUACUCAGGCGUGCGGAACUUCCUCCACGGCACUUGGCUAGGACGCAAGAUUGUUGAUGCCUUCUGGGCUGUGCUAGCAGAUGAUGUCGUACAGCUCAACGGCUAUGACAAGCACCCGGAGACGAAAAAGCUCAAGCCCUGGGUGAGCCCGUUCUGGAUUGCUUCAUCACUAAGUAUCCUAAACUACCCAACCGACUUCUUCGAUCUAGUCAAGAACGGCUCUGUCAAAAUCCACAUUGCCGAUCUGGACCAUCUCUCCGACCACACAGUCCAUCUGUCAACAGGGGAAAAUCUCGCUACCACAGCUCUGAUCUGCUCAACGGGCUGGCGCGGUACCCCGAAUUUGAAAUUCCUACCCGAGGGAAUCGACCGCGAGCUAGGCUUCCCCUGGAGCAAAGACCCAAUAGACAGGAAAAUGCUCGAAGCCGCCGAUGCAGAAAUCCUCCGCCGCUUCCCUCGCCUCAGCGAGCCACCAACACCCAAUCCCAAGUUCCAUCCACUAAACGACACCUCCGAGGCUGCAGCCCCGCAUCCAUUCCGCCUGGCGCGGUUUAUGAUCCCCCUUUCAGCAAUCAAAGAUCGAUCGUUAGCAUUCAUGGGUAUUCCCAUGACAAUCAACACGACCAUGCUCGCCCAAACACAGGCACUUUGGAUCUCAGCAUAUUUCAACAAUCAAUUCACCCCUACCUCCACAGAGCGUUGCCCCCCAGAUAUCCGAGCAUCUUUGGACGUUAAGUCCGAAGAUGACUCUGAGCUCGACCUAGCUUGGGAGACUGCUCUGCAUACCGAGUUCGGCAAGUACAGAUACCCCGGUGGUUUCGGGCACCGGAACCCUGAUUUUGUUUUCGAUGCUGUGUCGUACCUGGAUUGGAUGCUGAAGGAUCUGGGCUUGUCUACUGAGCGGAAGAAGGGUAUGCUGGCACGAUGGUUCCAGCCGCACGGGAUGGAGGAUUAUGUCGGUUUAGUCGAGGAGUGGAAGGCUAAAGCAUCUUGA